GUGCUAUAGUAUUUCUUUUCCUCCCAUCUGAAAAGGAAAAUGCAAAUAUUUGUAAAAACUUUAACAGGAAAAACCAUAACGUUAGAGGUUGAGCCGUCUGAUAGUAUAGAAAAUAUCAAGGCUAAAAUUCAAGAUAAAGAAGGAAUCCCACCUGAUCAACAACGUUUAAUUUUUGCUGGUAAACAGUUAGAAGAUGGGCGAACUUUAUCUGAUUAUAACAUACAAAAAGAAUCAACUUUGCAUCUGGUACUGCGUUUAAGAGGUGGUAUUAUUGAACCAAGUUUAAGAAUGCUGGCUCAAAAAUAUAAUUGCGACAAAAUGAUAUGCAGGAAGUGUUAUGCCAGGCUUCCACCCAGAGCAACUAAUUGCAGGAAAACAAAAUGUGGUCAUUGCAGCAAUUUGAGGCCUAAGAAGAAACUUAAAUAAACUUAAUUAAACCUAUAAUACUAACAAUAAAUAUUUUCGAUUUA